AUGUUGCGAAGCCACGGCAUCCCAACGGAAACCUGGGGCAAGCACGGAGCGAAGGCGGUGGACCAACUCUUUUGGGAGCUCUUCUGUCAGCGCGGGAGCAUUCUCACAGGCCUCGGCACGAAGCAGCUGAAGCGGGUGACACGGCUCUUGAAACUUCGACUGCUGGCGGACAUCGACGGGGCGGAUCAUGUGGUGGUUUCACGUCUGCAGCUCAUGCACGACGGCCAGCAGAUCCACCGCCAACAGCUUCCGCUCCGGAGGCUUCGCUGGAAACUGCCUUCCGACAACGCGCUGCUGCAAUCCUGCGAGAGCACGCUGUAUGACGAGGAGCAUAAAUACGUCGAGUCCUGGAGAAGUUGCUGGAUGUCGGUUCUGAACGACCGCUUCGGGAUCCCGGCACUGCAGGGCCAGCUUCAGGAAGUGGGCAGCGGGUACACUUUUCACACCGAAGACAAUGUGCAGAGUGCUGGCUACCCCGGGCUGAACACGAUGUACUGUGUGCACGAGGUCACCUUCCGCGUGAUCAGCCCCGACCAGAAGUUGGCCUGCAUCGGCUUGCCCUUGGGCCAGGAGUUUGCUACGGCUGAUACUCACUUCGACUUGGACAGGUUUCAGUGCAGGGAAGAGAUCCCAAUAGGAUCUCAGAUGAAUGUUUGGUCCUGGACGCCGGUGAAGGACUUUGGCAAGGCCGCUGGCUUGCAAGGUGUCACCGGUGGUCCGGCGGGAGAUGGGCCCAAGAAGCCGGACACGGUGCUUCAGCAGCUGGAGCGCGAGCUCGCACUGUUGAAGCGGGUGCCCAUCGCCACGUCGAUCUCCAAAGCUGCCUCCAUCAAUGAAGCUGUAGCUCCGAAGAACCAAAACAUGAAGAGGGGCGCCCCCAAUGCACAUCUCCGUCGGAUCUUGGCGGGGAAAAGAACUGACUGGCGCACGGUCAGGAAGAUGGCCAACCGGUUGCUGGACCGAGACUACACCUUGGCCCAGUUCAACACGGACCUAGCGGCCUUUCCGGAGCUGUCCCUGUACCUGCGGGAUGGUGUCGUAGGCACCGGCUCAGGGCGGACAACCGAUGACGAGUAUCAGCGCACCGUUUGUGCUUUCUUUGCCAUCUAUUGGCUGACUCGCCUGGACCUGGAGGGUCGACAAGGCUUCUCCUUCGGCACGGACGAGGACUGGAAAGUGCUCGAGGCGGCCGGUGUCCAAGACGGGCAGGUGGCCAUGCAGAGCAGCUCAGCUCCUCCCGAGAUACAGCAGCGCCUCUACAACAAGGAGCGGCGCCUGGCUUUCCUCAACAAUGCACAGUGGGGCUUUUUCCGGCGGCUCAUGGUGGAUGCUGGAUUGAUCGACCAGGUGGGCAGUGGAAGGGACUCUUUCAAAGUGAACGAGACGAGGAUGGUGUCGCUCCUCGCUUUGACUGCUUUCCAUGACAUCAUGAAGAUGGAGAAGCUGCUGCCAACAGUGCAAUCGCAGCACGACGGAUACCACGGCUAUGAAGCUGGCGACGUCAUCGGGGAUCACGACCAUGCCCUGUGUUACAUUAUGGAUCACUAUCCAGACCUGCUCCCAAGCUUCAGAGAGCUGGGAUCAUCGGAGCGACAGUCCAUCCAGUUCACGCAGUGCAACCUGUGUUUCAACCAUGGCUGGCUCGUCCAAGCAGAGGCGCCUCCUGGCGCGAUCUUCACGAAGUUUCGUGAGGCCAUUACGGCUGACCGGAGGCUUCAUGCGGGUGCUCCGGAUGUGGCGCUUUACUUCGUUCAUUGGCUCACCGACCUAGCCGGUGCGGAGCCCUCGCCUUUGGGCGGCUGUGAGAAGUUCGUGAUCAAGUUCCCACUCCAUGUGUUGAACAGCUUCUUGCAGUCCUUCAAGUUCAUUGAAGGUAUCGCCUCCCAAACGGAGACGCAGGUCAUGGAGAAGUACCUCAAGUACCGCUGGUCAGAUCAUGUACCCUCUCUUGGCGAGCCUCCGCGGGGUCCGCACGGCUUGGCUGCUAUGCGACUUCUUUGCAUGGCUCAGGCGCAUGGACGCACGGUUGUGGAGGCAUUCAAUCAAGAACUUCCAGACGAGGACAAGGAGGUGCUCAGUGUCGAGAUGGCACGGACAGGCUGUGCAGGCUCUUUCGUAGCGGUUCAGAGAAGUCUUGAUGCGAGUUGA